UGUUUUGAAAACUUGAACUUUGCACCAAGUCUCCAAAUCUGCGUUGAUCUACAGACAGUCUGAGAAACUUCUGAAAACUGAAGGCACUGAAACACCCCAGAGUAGUUGCAGGGCAAGAUAUGGCAUGUCCAUGUUUAAAAAGUUGGUUUAAGUCAAGAAAUGGAAAGUUACCAAGCCUUGCUGCUGAACUAGACUAUCUGAUACCAUUCUGAAGUAUUGGGCAGGGGCUCCAUCAUGCUUUCAUCUGGAAAUAAGUAACAAUCCUUCAGAUCUGAGGCUUGCCUGCUGGUGCCAAGCAGAGAGCCUGUGGUUAGCUCGAGAUUCCUGUACGAUGCAGGUGCUAUUGAAAAGGCUGCUCUUCUAAAGUCCUUUGUGGCUUGUAAGUGGAGAAGAAACUUAUCCAAAUGUUACCUUGUAAUAUUGGCUUUUAAAGUUUUUUAUUCUUUUAACUUUUCCCUUCCCUUGAUAGUGGAAGAAAGGCUAGUAAAUAAUAGCUGCAGUAUGCGACACACACCACCCCCCCACCCCCAUCCCCCAAUAUCUUUUCUUCAUGUCUUCCCUCUCCCCUCCCCCAAAAUAAAGAAAUCGGAAGGACAAAGCUGGUUUGUUUGGUAAAUGAACUGAUCAAAAGAAAACUUGCUGUAGUGGAAAGGUGGCUUCUAGCAGUCGUGCAUUUCCUAAACUGAGAAUUCGAACACCAAGAUGAGUUCAAAAUUCUUGGCACGUUAAAAUUUGGAUUGCAGAAAGAAAUUGUCUUGUUACAAGCCACCUUACGCGUCCGCGCUGCAGGGGUGAGGAGUGUGGAGAAAUCAGAACCACUCUGGGCUCCACGGCUGUCGCUCCAAGCCCCACGCGCAUGCUCAGAAGUGGAGUGUAUGAACAGCGUAGCUGUCUGUUUGGCUGCAGCACCAUUUGGGGAGGGUGGGGAUCUUUGUGGGGUAACGGGGACUGCAGGUUCAAAAUUCAGUAUUGCUUUGUUUCUCAAAACAACUUGGAUGCGUGUACCACCCUAGGGCAGCCUGACUGAUUUGGUCGGAUCCAGGUUGAAAACAUUGUGUAGCAGCAUUCAGAGUUGAACAGUCUUUGAGACACUUGGUUCUCAGCCCACCAAGCGGACAGCUAACAUGAAUUGCACUUCACUGCAGCUUUAGUGUGACUGGUAUAGGCCAAGACACUGCGCCUGCCUUAGGUUGCUGACUUCUUUGUUUCAGAGCUCUGGAGACACCUAGUUUGAAAGUGUUAUUCCGUUUUGUGAGAACUUAAUAAACGAGGAAAAACAUCUUGAGUAAAUUGCAAUGUGUUUCUUUGGUUAUCAGUCCAUUUGAAAGAUCAAGCCAGCAGAUUCCUUACAGUUUGAACUAAAAUUUAAUUUCUUUGUAGAUGUUUCAGAGCCUUUCUUCCAAAAAAAAAAAAAAAAAGUCCCUGCUGUAUGCAAUUGCCCGAUUAACCCUCUCCCUUCUGCAUGUCUCCCUUGUUACAGACAGAUUAUCCUCAUUCCCAUGUGUUAAGACAUAUCCAAAAAAAUGCAAUUGCUUUGUUGAACUCUUACUAAUGAUCUUGUUUUAUUUUCUCUCUUGUUUUUGGUUUUUCACCACUGAUAUUGUAUUUAGAAGGUUUCAGGUGGGUGAAACCUCCUAUUCCAUGCGUAAGGUGCCUCGCUGAAGGGAGCUCGAGGCCUGGAUCUAGGGCAGACACACACCUCCUCCUCCUCUUCCAGCAAGGAACGCACCGAAAAGUCACAUGAUGAGAAAUAUGGCGUGUUACUUAAAAGCAAUUGAGACUCAACCAAACUUUGCAGUGGCUUGGAGUAAUCUUGGCUGUGUUUUCAAUGCCCAAGGAGAAAUUUGGCUUGCAAUUCAUCACUUUGAAAAGGCUGUAACACUUGACCCAAAUUUUUUGGAUGCUUAUAUCAAUCUGGGAAAUGUUCUGAAGGAGGCAAGGAUAUUUGACAGAGCUGUGGCAGCUUACCUGCGAGCCUUGAGUUUGAGCCCAAAUCACGCAGUUGUGCACGGCAACCUUGCCUGUGUGUACUAUGAGCAGGGCCUGAUAGACCUGGCCAUAGACACCUACAGGAGGGCCAUUGAGCUCCAGCCCCACUUCCCUGAUGCCUACUGCAACUUGGCCAAUGCCUUGAAAGAGAAAGGCAGUGUGGUAGAAGCAGAAGAAUGCUACAACACAGCCCUUCGACUUUGUCCCACUCAUGCAGAUUCUCUGAACAAUCUGGCAAACAUCAAGCGGGAGCAGGGCAAUAUUGAGGAAGCUGUCCGUCUGUAUCGGAAGGCUCUUGAGGUGUUUCCAGAGUUUGCUGCCGCGCAUUCGAACUUAGCAAGUGUUCUGCAACAGCAGGGAAAGUUACAGGAAGCUCUGAUGCAUUACAAAGAGGCUAUUAGAAUCAGCCCCACAUUUGCAGAUGCUUAUUCUAAUAUGGGAAACACUUUGAAGGAGAUGCAGGAUGUUCAGGGAGCUCUGCAGUGCUACACCCGUGCCAUUCAGAUAAACCCAGCUUUUGCUGAUGCCCACAGUAACCUGGCCUCGAUUCACAAGGAUUCAGGGAAUAUACCAGAAGCCAUUGCCUCUUACCGUACUGCUCUGAAACUUAAACCUGAUUUCCCAGAUGCCUAUUGCAACUUGGCCCACUGUUUGCAGAUUGUCUGUGACUGGACAGACUAUGAUGAAAGAAUGAAGAAGCUGGUUAGCAUUGUAGCAGAUCAGCUCGAGAAAAACAGACUGCCUUCUGUACACCCACAUCAUAGCAUGCUGUAUCCCCUUUCUCACAGUUUUAGGAAGGCAAUUGCUGAGAGACAUGGAAAUCUCUGUUUGGACAAGAUUAAUGUUCUUCACAAGCCACCAUAUGAACAUCCCAAGGAUUUGAAGGCCAGUGAAGGUCGACUUCGUAUUGGCUAUGUGAGCUCUGAUUUUGGAAACCAUCCAACCUCACACCUAAUGCAAUCAAUUCCAGGCAUGCAUAACCCAGACAAAUUCGAGGUAUUCUGUUAUGCCCUGAGUCCUGAUGAUGGGACGAACUUCCGUGUAAAAGUGAUGGCUGAAGCAAAUCAUUUCAUUGACUUAUCUCAGAUACCAUGUAAUGGAAAAGCAGCAGACCGCAUCCAUCAGGAUGGGAUUCACAUUCUCAUUAAUAUGAAUGGCUACACCAAAGGAGCCCGAAAUGAAUUGUUUGCCCUGAGACCAGCACCUAUUCAGGCAAUGUGGCUAGGUUAUCCUGGAACCAGUGGGGCAUUGUUCAUGGAUUAUAUCAUCACAGAUAAAGAAACUUCACCAGUUGAGGUGGCUGAGCAGUAUUCAGAGAAAUUAGCUUACAUGCCAAACACUUUCUUUAUUGGAGACCACGCCAACAUGUUCCCCCACCUGAAGAAAAAAGCAGUCAUUGAUUUCAAAUCCAAUGGUCAUAUCUAUGAUAACAGGAUUGUUUUGAAUGGCAUUGACUUGAAGGCAUUCCUUGACAGCCUUCCUGAUGUCAAGAUUGUUAAGAUGAAGUGUCCUGACAGCUGUGACAACACUGAUGGCAAUGCUGCCCUCAGCAUGCCCGUGAUCCCUAUGAACACCAUUGCAGAGGCUGUGAUUGAGAUGAUAAACCGUGGGCAAAUUCAGAUUACUAUCAAUGGCUUCAACAUCAGUAAUGGAUUAGCAACGACUCAGAUAAACAACAAAGCAGCAACUGGUGAAGAAGUUCCACGGACUAUAAUUGUUACUACCCGUUCUCAGUAUGGCUUACCAGAGGAUGCUGUUGUGUACUGUAACUUCAAUCAGCUCUAUAAGAUUGAUCCUUCUACCUUGCAGAUGUGGGCUAAUAUCCUAAAAAGAGUUCCCAACAGUGUGCUUUGGCUGCUACGUUUCCCAGCUGUAGGAGAGCCCAAUAUCCAGCAGUACGCACAAAACUUGGGUCUUGCCCAAAACCGAAUCAUCUUUUCACCAGUUGCCCCCAAAGAAGAACAUGUGAGGAGAGGGCAGUUGGCUGAUGUUUGUCUGGACACUCCCCUUUGCAAUGGGCACACAACUGGCAUGGAUGUGCUUUGGGCUGGGACUCCAAUGGUCACUAUGCCAGGCGAGACUCUUGCCUCACGAGUUGCUGCUUCACAGCUCACUUGCCUGGGUUGUCUUGAGCUAAUUGCAAAAAGCAGACAGGAGUAUGAGGAUAUUGCUGUGAAACUGGGAACUGACCUGGAAUACCUGAAAAAAAUCCGUGGCAAAGUGUGGAAGCAGAGAAUAUCCAGCCCUCUGUUCAACACGAAGCAGUACACGAUGGACCUGGAGCGGCUGUACCUCCAGAUGUGGGAUCACUACGCUGCGGGCAACAAACCAGACCACAUGAUCAAACCAGUGGAGGCCAGCGAGUCUGCAUGAAGAGAGACUGGGUGUGCCCGCCAGGAACUCUCCAGGAACUGAGCCUCUCCAACACUUGUGCAGAGAUGAUGAGCUAAAAACUGUGCAUUUCUACUUAAUCUGCCUGGUACUCUGUGGCUGAAGUAAUACAUGAUGGUGAUUAAAGCACAGCCAGACUUAACUUCAUGCAUGAUAGGGAAAGACUCAAUAGAGCCUGGGAUCCUUUUAUUCCAUGAGGAAUUUGGAUGGGAUUGAGCCGUGUACAUGUGAGCCUGUGUGUAUGAGUGGCAAAGUGGUCGCUGGGGGAAGUUUGAACUACCCAACCAGUUUAUGAUAUCAUGGAUGGAUUUAAUCUUCCUACAAACCUCUCUCCUUUUAUGUGGAUUGGGAAUUGGAGCGUUUUAACAUUUGAUUUUGGGUACUGGUAUAUAUGUGGUUCUCCCAUGACAAGAUUUCCAGCUAGCAAGUUGCUCCCUGUGUUAAUUUCUAAACUGCGUGGACUGAAAGGGCGUAUGUGCUGGUGUAGUCUUUUUUUAUAGGUUUUAUAAACCACUUGAGCCUAUAUCAGCCUUUUAAUGUUUGACCUCUGUUUUGGAGCUUUCUGUAAUGUGUUGGUUAAGAUAAGGACUUUCGUUUUUUUGUUUUGUUUUGUUUUUUAAGCUUCUCCAAUAACUCAGCUAAUUGGCUUCAUGAUGGCAGCUCCUAUUCUGUUAAAAAAACAAAUUUGAUUUGAAAUUAAUCUUCCCCACAAGUGUUUGAGGUGAACACAAACUGGUGCCAAAUACAGAUCUUUCAGGAAUGAUUGUUAAUUAUGUAAAGGGGUGCAGUCCUAGGUACUGUAGCAAAGACUUUAAAAAAAAAAAAAUAAAGCUUUGGUUUGCCAGUUUGA